AUGGCGUUUACAAUAGCUAAAAUACAAUACAACAAUUCACACACAAUACUUUUAGUGCAACCUGGCGUCCGCCCUGAAACCAGGACGUAUUCAGAUUAUGAGACUGUCAAUGAUUGUAUGGAAGGAGUAUGUAAAAUUUACGAAGAGCAUUUGAAACGACUAAACCCAAACACUCCCUCGAUAACAUAUGAUGUUAGUCAAUUAUUUGACUUUAUCGAUCAGUUGACAGAUUUGUCUUGUCUAGUAUAUCAAAAAAGUACAAACACUUAUGCGCCAUACAAUAAAGAUUGGAUAAAAGAAAAAAUAUAUGUUUUAUUAAGAAGGCAAGCAGAAAUAUUUAAAGGGACAAAAGAUACAGUUUAA